AUGGACCGGGCUGAGGCCACGUUGCCCUUAGUGACGGACUUCUUCUAUGAGACGACGAGCGGGACUGGGGACGGAGUUGCUUCACGGUUUACAAGACUCCUGGUCCACCUCCCCGCGCCUUCAGCCUCCUCCCCGCGCCUUCAGCCACCUCCCGCCUUCAGCCACCUCCCUUCAGCCACCUCCCCUUGCCUUCCUUCUCCCUUUUCAGCCACCUCCCCGCGCCUUCAGCCUCCUCCCGCCUUCAGCCACCUCCCGCGCCUUCUGCCUCCUCCCUACGCCUUCAGCCUCCUCCUGCGCCUUCAGCCACCUCCCGCGCCUUCAGCCACCUCCCGCGCCUUCAGCCUCCGCGCCUUCAGCCACCUCCCGCCUUCAGCCUUCUCUCCCGCGCCUUCAGCCACCUCCCGCCUUCAGCUUCCUCCCGCGCCUUCAGCCACCUCCCGCGCCUUCAGCCACCUCCCGCCUUCAGCCACCUCCCGCGCCUUCAGCCUCCUCCCGCGCCUUCAGCCACCUCCCGCGCCUUCAGCCACCUCCGCGCCUUCAGCACCUCCCGCGCCUUCUGCCACCUCCCGCGCCUUCUGCCACCUCCGCGCCUUCAGCCUCCUCCUGCGCCUUCAGCCACCUCCCGCGCCUUCAGCCACCUCCCGCGCCUUCAGCCACCUCCCGCGCCUUCCAGCCACCUCCCGCGCCUUCAGCUUCCUCCCGCGCUUCAGCCACCCUCCGCGCCUUCAGCCACCUCCCGCGCCUUCAGCCACCUCCCGCGCCUUCAGCCACCUCCGCGCCUUCAGCCACCUCCGCGCCUUCAGCCACCUCCCGCGCCUUCAGCCACCUCCCGCGCCUUCAGCCACCUCCGCGCAGCCACCCUCCCGCGCCUUCAGCCACCUCCCGCGCCUUCAGCCUCCUCCGCGCCUUCAGCUUCACUCCCGCGCCUUCAGCCACCUCCACUCCUUCAGCCUCCUCCCGCGCCUUCAGCCACCUCCCGCGCCUUCAGCCACCUCCCGCGCCUUCAGCCACCUCCCGCGCCUUCCAGCCACCUCCCGCGCCAGCCAGCCACCUCCCGCGCCCACCCAGCCACCUCCCGCGCCUUCAGCCUCCUCCCGCGCCUUCAGCCACCUCCCGCGCCUUCUGCCACCUCCCGCGCCUUCAGCCACCUCCGCGCCUUCAGCUUCCUCCCGCGCCAGCAGCCACCUCCGCGCCUUCUUACUCCUCCCGCGCCUUCAGCCACCUCCGCCUUCUGCCACCUCCCCGCGCCUUCAGCCACCUCCCGCGCCUUCAGCUUCUCCCGCGCCUUCAGCCACCUCCGCGCCUUCUGCCACCUCCGCGCCUUCAGCCACCUCCCGCGCCUUCAGCUUCCUCCCGCGCCUUCAGCCACCUCCGCGCCUUCUGCCACCUCCGCGCCUUCAGCCACCUCCCGCGCCUUCAGCCUCCUCCCGCGCCUUCUGCCUCCUCCCGCGCCUUCAGCCACCUCCCGCGCCUUCUGCCACCACUGCGGAAAGACAACAGAUGAGGAAAUAA